AUGUUGACGGGGCAUCUGCCCACAGACACGCCAAGCCCAACCAAGCCCUUCACCGCUCUAAAUGGCGUUUCCGAAGACCUACCGAGCGAGAACUACGGCUCGCUCGAGAAGGAGCUCAAGAUUCACGACACCAUUCCUCAGAAACCUCUCGGCCCCCGACAAGUGCGCAUCAAGGUGCGCAGCGCCGCGGUGAAUCCCAUCGACUACAUGCUGCUGGAGUCUGAGGGCCAGGCGUUCACGGGCAAGACGCCGUCUGCCAAGCAGCCCUUUGGCAUUGGCUUCGAUGUCGCCGGUGAGAUCGUCGAGGUCGGUGCCAACGUCAAGCGACUGAAGCUGGGAGAUGCGGUGUACGCCAUGACACCCUUCAGUGCCUUCGGGACCCUGGGCGAGUACGCCGUGGUGGACGAAGAGUACGUCGCAAUCAAGCCCACAUAUCAAGGAAUGUUCACGCAUGCCAAGCUGCAGAAGGGUGAGACCGUACUCAUCCUCGGUGGCAGCAGCGCUGUCGGCAUGUACGCGGUGCAAUUUGCGCACGCGAUUGGCGCGUACGUGAUCACUACCGCCAGCGCGGAGAAGGCCGAGUUCGUCAAGUCUCUGGGUGCUGACCAGGUCAUCGACUAUCGCACCGAGAAGUGGCUGGAUGUGGUGAAGCCGCACUCGGUGGAUGCCUUCUACAACUGCGGCAUGGAGAACGCGGCUUGGAACGAAGGUGCUCAGGUGGUGCUCAAGAAGAACACGGGCGCUUCGUCACGAUCCUCCAUCCCGUCAAGGAGGCAGACCAAGACCCUGCACGAGGUUACGAAAUACAUCGAGAGUGGCGAUGUCAAGCCCGUGAUCGACACGGUCUAUCCGUUUGAGAAGGCUGUCGAUGCGUACGCGAAGCUCAAAUCUCGCCACGUACUAGGCAAGCUCGUUGUGGAGGUGCAGCAGGUACAGACCGAGUCUAUCAAGGAGGCAGACUGCGGCAAAAAAUUGGUCGGCCACGCCCACGAGGUCUCGUCAGCCAAGAUGCUGCGUGAAGGUACGAAGUACAUCGAGAGUGACGAGGUGAAGCCUGUGGCAUUCGUUCGAAAAGGCUUCGACGCCUACGAAUAG